CAACUAAAGAGAAUCUCAACCCCUGAAAAAUCUGAAUGUAUUAACCUAAAUUCUGUAUCUGAAAUUUUGACAGGUAUAAUUUAACUCACGUACAGAAGAAAAUUUCAACUUAUCUCAUAGGAAAAAUAAAUAACCCAACCAAUGGCUAAACACAUUUCUCGCAGCACCACUAAUUUUUACUAAUAACAACUUAAUCCAAUUUGCCAAUUACCCUUUUUUUAAACUUCACAACUCUUCCCUCUUUCCCUUAUAUUUCUCUUUUAUACACAUUCAUCCAUUUUCAUACAUUCUCUCUCUUGCAAAAAUAAAAGACUUAUCAAAAUAAGAACCCUCCGUGCCAUAUUGAUCAUCGGCGAACCAUUUUCGCCUUUGAAAAAUGUGUUGCUAACAACAACCCGGAGGAGUUAGUGGCAAAACAAAAAGCAUUUUUUGAUCUGGGUCUUAAAAUCAAGAAAUGGAGGUGCAGAGGUUAAGGCAGUUAAUGUUACUUUGGUCUAGAAUCAAAACUACCCGUGUUGCCCUUGUGGGUGGAAAUCACACCGCUGCCAGAUUCUGUACUCGCUAAAUCAUUUUCCUCUGCCCCUUUUCCCAUUUCUUCCUUGUCAUUAUUAAUUAGUUUGCUAUCUGUAGAAUUUUCAAUCUCUUACAGUUGUAUUUUCUUUUCAUUUCAUAGCUAGACAGCAUCACUUAGUUAGCUUUACAAGCAUGGCUGUCCAACUCAUACAAGGGUUGAUGCAAUACAAAUACCCUAAGAAGUUUAAAUCCUUGCCUUUGCAUUAUUCAAAUGGCUUUAGUAUUCAUAAUAACACUUACUUGGUUAUCAAGCUACCUCAUUCUAGGCUUUUGAGGCUUCUUGCUCGUUCGAUUGUUUUGUCGUUGAUAUUUGUUACGUUCACCAUGUUCAGCAAUAACAUUUUUGGUGAUUCUUCCCCAUUUUCUCUAGUAUCGCCGCCCUCUAUUCUUGAGCAUGAUUCUUUGGGCUCCAAUUCGAAUAUCGAUCUUGACCUCUUGCCUUUGCUUUUUCGUGACCUGAUCACGAAUGAAGGCCUUAUCAAGACGGGUGAUAAAGCUGUUUUCGUAACGAAUGGUAAUGGAAAUAACGAUGAUCAUUCUAUUUAUAGUUCUAAACAGAUUCUAAAAGAGAAUUAUGACGUGGAUUUGGUCACUGCCUUCGAUUUGGAUCAACAAAAGGGAAUUACUGAUGAAUCUUUCGACUUUGCUCUCACUUAUAGCUUCCAUGCUGCACAAGGAUUUAUCGACAGAGUACUCAAAGUCGGCGGGAUUGCUGUUGUUCAACUGGGUGAUGAUCCUUCUUUCCUAUUCAAUAAGCCAUCUAAUUACAAAAUAGUCUAUCUCAGGAGAUUCCAGUCAACAAUCAUGGCAAUGAGGAAAACAGGACAUGCUAAUGCUAAUUUGAGCACAAAAAGGAAGCUACUCAGUUACAGGACAGAGGAAAGAAGGGCGGCAUUAAACAACCUCGAAGACGUGCUCCUUGAACCACCACGGUCAGCUUCAAGAAAAUCAAGGACAUACUUGAAAAAGACUAAAUAUCUGCCAGAUUUGACGGGUGAUUCACUUGAAAGCUAUCCACGUCGCGUGUUCAUCGACGUUGGAUUGCCAGAAAGAGAAGGAGGAAGUGGGACAGGAUGGUUUGAGAAGCAUUAUCCGACAAGGAAUCUUGAUUUCGAGAUGUACAAGAUUGAGACAGUGACGGAGGUUUCAUCAGGGAAAGAGGUGCCGCAAGUAGAAGAGAUAGGAAUGUCUGGUUGGUUAAGAAAGAAUGUGAAGGAAGAAGAGUAUGUAGUGAUGAAAGCAGAGGCGGAAGUGGUGGAAGAGAUGAUCGAAAGCAAGUCAAUACGAUUGGUUGAUGAGUUAUUCAUGGAUUGCAAGCCAAGAGGACAUAAUAAUGGAGGCAGACGAGCUUAUUGGGAAUGCUUGGCUUUGUAUGGAAGGUUAAGAGAUGAAGGUAUUGCAGUCCAUCAAUGGUGGGGUUGAAAAUUUAUAGAAAAGGGUACAGAGAGACAGAAAUCCUUUUAUAUUUUUGUUUUGAAAUUUCUUUCAUUCAUAUCAUUUUACCAUCUUUUUUUAUUUACAUAUAAGUUUAUUAUGGAAUGUGAUUAACUAACUAAAUAAUACAUAUUCAUUAUUUUUUGGAGAUCAAA